AUGUUGCCUCCACGCCAGCCUAUGACCCCUAUCGCUCUAAAUCGUCAGUUUAAUGGUCAAUUAAGUCCUAUAAGUCGUCAGCAAAUCGUUACUACCUAUAAUUGUGGUUUUACACCCGCCGCCAUCGCACUCGGUUUUAACCUAAUCGAUAAGACGGUACGCUACACAAUCGAACAAAGUGCUCAACGCGCCAGCCACGCCACCCUGCCUAAGAAACCUCGAAAAAAAUCAUACACACAUGUCGACGAACGGAAUAUACUUCGGUUUGUGCGAACAAACCCGAAAGCGACAUACGCCCAGGUCAGGAAAGAGGUUGGACUCAAAUGCUCGGUCUCAACUAUUAAGAAGAUUUUGAAGGAGAAUGGUAUUAGCAAUUGGCGUGCAAGACGUCGCCCAUUCCUUACAGAUUCUGUAGCGGCCAAAAGACUUGCCUGGUGCCUCCGCCAUAGAGGUUAUACUGUAGAGGAAUGGGGGUUAUUUAUAUGGAGCGACGAGUGCUCGGUAGAGCGGGGGAGAGGAAAGGCGCAGGAAUGGGUUUUUCGCACACCUGCCCAGAAAUGGGAUAAAGAGAUGAUCCAAACCUAUAAAGCGAAUAAGGACUUAAGUGUUAUGGUCUGGGGAUGCUUUUGGGAUAAUGGGAGGUCCGAUUUAUAUGUGUUGGAUAGAGACUUUGCGGCAAAGAAACAUGGGUAUUCCGCUAACUCCUAUAUCGACGUUUUAAAUGCCCAAGUCGCACCCUGGUACGAAGAACUUGACGACGAAGGGUAUAUCUUCAUGCAGGAUAAUGCGCCUAUUCAUACUGCCCACAAGGUUCGGGAUUGGUUUAUAGAACAUGGAAUAAGAGUGAUUGAUUGGCCGCCAUACUCGCCAGAUCUGAACCCGAUUGAGCACAUCUGGUGGGUACUUAAAAGAAUGCUUAUAGAGCACUACCCACACCUCGAGGGAGCCUCUGAAGAUAAUAUCGAGGAAAUGCAAGAGGCAUUAAAAGAUUGCUGGGCCAGAAUUCCCAAAGAAACCUUCGAUACACUAUAUAAGAGUAUGCCUAGGAGGGUAGAGGCUUGCAUUAAGGCAGGUGGCUGGCAUACAAAAUACUAG